AUGCGUUUGUCAUUCCUGGCAGCCGCGGCAGGGCUUGUGACAAGGGCUACGGCUUGGGCACGACGGAACCCUCUCGACACCACAGACCAGCUUCAGCUCGACGCGCUUGCGGUUGCCAUCAAUCGUGACAACGACUUUACGACCCUGCGCUGGACAGCACGCAACACAAUCGUUGGGGCCCUAACGCUUCGCGGAAAGCUCAUCGACGAGUUGGUGAGUAAGGAUAUUGACCUGGCCGUCGACGAGCUCGUCUUCAGCGCCAUCCAAAAAGCCGUCAAAGAUGACCCGACGCGCUCCAAGGUCUACUCCGUCAAUGCGCCGCCCCGACGUAUUCGAUCGCUCGAACUGUCGGUGCCGGGCGGUCGGUACUCGUAUGACAACCCAGAUUGCGUCUACCGCACCGUCCCAAUCAGCGACCGCUACGAGUAUCUGGUCCACGGCCGCCGAACGGCCCCGGGGCCGAGCGACAUGACUUUCUCACUGAUAAGCAAUCCGAACUCUCGGGGGACGGUUGCGUCUUUGCUGGGCGAGGACCUUGUCGUUCGAGACGACGGCACGUAG